AUGUGUGAGCCAUUUUUAGGAAGCUGGAAACUCAUUUCUAGUGAAAACUUUGAGAGCUAUAUGAAAGAAUUGGGAGUGGGUUUUGCUACUAGGAAGCUUGGCAGCCUGGCCAAGCCUAGUGUGGUGAUCAGCACCAAUGAUGACAUAAUAACCAUCAAGACAGAGAGCACCUUUAAAAACACGGAGAUCUCCUUCAAGCUGGGGGAAGAGUUUGAGGAAACCACAGCGGAUGACAGGAAAACCAAGAGCAUUAUCACCUUGGACAAUGGUGCUUUAAUUCACGUGCAGAAGUGGGAUGGCAAAGAGACGACAAUAAAGAGAAAACUGGUGGAUAGUAAGCUUGUGGUGGAAUGCACCAUGAACAAGGUCACCAGCACUAGAGUCUAUGAGAGAGCCUGA